AUGAAGAAUACGUUGUCAUACACACAUUUUAUACUGUUUUUCAUGUCUAUUGGUUAUUCAAUUACUUGGUGUGAAGAGAAUAAUGAAAUUAGUUUAAAUUCAAAUGAUAAUUUUUGUAAUCGAUCCGGCUGGACAGUCACAUAUAAUUAUGAUGAUUAUUAUUUCACAUUCAAACAUUAUUGUUGUUCUUUUCAAACAAUGAUUUUCCGUGAAAAUGAAACAGAUAAAUACACCAUUCGAAAUUUUACAUUUCAAAAUCCAUUUAAUUUAAAAGCGUUAUAUAUUCAAGAAAAAAAUGAAAAUGUUAGAAUUUAUUUUGUAGACAGCGGUCGACCAGAAAAUUUUUUUAUUUCCUUUGGUUGUUUUAAUAAUGAAAACUCUUGUCGGACAACAAUUGGCGAAAAAUGGAGACCAACAAUUCAGUUAAAAAGUCAAAGCAUUGUAUUAUUUUCAGAUAUUGACCAAAGAUUCUGGAUUAAGAUAUAUCGAACAAUAACACAAAUCGCUUAUUUAUUUAUUGAUGGAUACGUGAUGCAGUCUGUCAAUUUAGAAUUUGAAACAGCUCAGUACGUUGGUGAUCCAUAUACAAAUGGAAGAUAUUUAUUCACUGGAAAAUCAAAAGAAGAAAGUGUAACUUUCAAAAAUUCCGAGUUUACUCCUUAUGUAAAAUCUGUAUGUGAACGAAAUGGGUAUAACAGAAUUUUAUAUUUUGGUAAAACAGAAAUUAAUGUAUACGCAAAUUUAAUUAAUACGACUUGUUAUUGUAAUGCAGAGAAUGAAAAUAUAACAUUGGAUAAUGUUAAUACAUUCCCGGAUUGUAGAUACAACAGUUCAUUAUUUGAUUUAAAUUUAACAACUAUUGGCGAGAAUAAAAGUGAAAGUGAAAAUAUUAACAUUUAUGUAAAUGUUACUCAAUGGUUCUCAAUAAUAUUUAAACCCAAUAGAAAAUAUAUAUUAAAUGGUUUAGAAAACAACGAGAAUACAAUUAAUUUUGACACUUUAGAAAUAUUAGAAAAUGAAAAUAUUAUAUUUAAUUUAAAUUGUAAUAUAUCAACUUUGAAAAUCACUUCAAUUGGGAAAUUUUACUUCAAAAAGAAUCUUAUAAUUAACACACAAAUUUUGAUAUCUGAAACAAAUUUAACAAACAAAAUAUUGUUUGCUUUGGAUGGAGAUUUUUCUGAAGUUAAGACAUCACUUUUGUCUAAAUGUGGGAAACGAGUGUAUUUAACUAAAAGUGAAUAUAACAUGUGUCUUUGUAAUUACACUGAAAUGGUGUAUGGGAACCCUUAG